CGUGUUCAUCUUCGUCUUCAGGCGAGAGCUGGUUUACUGUUUCUCUCUCUCUCUCUGUCUCUUAUUUUUGUUUCCUUGCUUCAUUUGCAAUUUUUUAAUCCCCUUAGUGUUCAUAUUCACUUUCAUUCUUUUCCGAAGUAUUUAAUUGGUACCGAGCAGAGCUCGAAGCAUCACAACUCUACCACCCAUUCUCCAACCUCGCAGAAGAGACACCUCGGUGGAAGCGCCAACCUCUUGUCGUCUUGUCGUCCUCUCCCUCUCCCUCUCCCUCUCCCUCUCCCUCUCUCUCGCUCUCUCUCUGCUUCCCCCCCACAAUGGACUACUCCAGCCCACCGCCAGGCGACCGCGACUCGUGGUUCGCACCAAUGUCCCUCGACCUCAUCCUCAAGGUCCUCAACGUAUCCUUCUUCCACCCCUUCGUCGCCUGGAUCAUUCCCCUCAGUUUCCGCGCCCAGACCAUGCACUGGGACGCCCCACCCAUGCUGCUCUCCAUCGCCUGGGCCGCCUUCCUGACCCUGACCUGGGUCGCCGGCAUCAUCAACCAGCGCAUCGCCUACGGCCCUCCGCGCCACGUCGACCUCUCCGAGGAAGUCAUCGUCAUCACCGGCGGCUCUAGCGGCCUGGGCCUCCUCAUCGCCGAGGUCUACGGCAUGCGCGGCGCCUCCGUAGCUGUGCUCGACGUCCGCGACAUGGAGAACGGCGAGGCCCGCGGCGUGACCUUUUACAAGUGCGACGUCAGCGAUAAGGACCAAGUAGCCCGCGUCGCCGCCCAAAUUGAACGUGAUCUCGGCCCGCCGACAAUCCUCAUCAACAACGCCGCCAUCGUAAACGGCAAGCCCCUCCUCGACCUCGACCUCCCCUCCAUCGAGCGCUCCAUCUCCACCAACCUCCUCGGCGCCUUCUACACCCUCAAGGCCUUCCUCCCCUCCAUCACCCGCGCCGAGGAAGGCGGCACCAUCGUCACCGUCUCCUCCGUCCUCGCCCACCUCGGCGCCGCCCACCUCACCGACUACUGCGCCGCCAAGGCCGGCCUGACCGCCCUCCACCGCUCCCUCGAGGCCGAGCUCCGCGCCUCCCACCCGCACGUGCGCGCCGUCCUCGUCGAGCCGGGCCAGCUCUCCACCCCGCUCUUCCACGGCGUGCGCUCCCCCAACGCCUUCCUCGCCCCCGUCGUCGAGCCCGUCGACGUGUGCCGCGCCGUCGUCGCCGCCAUCGACGCCGGCCGCGGCGCCCGCGUCGCCACCCCCUUAUACGCCCGCUGCGCCCCCUGGUAUAACGUCCUGCCCGCCGCCCUGCAGGUCGUCGCCCGUCGCCUGUCGGGCGUGGAUUAUGCUAUGCGCUCGUUCCGCGGUCGGUCGCUCGCUGGGGAGAAGGAGGAGAAGAGGGCGGACUGAUGGGAAGUGCGUUACCGCCUGGUGACGGCACCCGAUGGCAGAGGAGGUUCGGAAGUAGGGGGAGAUCGGCGCGGGCGCCCACGAGGACUGGGGGGAACAUAGAAGACACAUUAGAAAACAACCCAAUCGAAUACCCCAAUG